AUGACGAUGGGACAAACUCAAACNGGUUCAAUUCGAUGGUCUGUCGGCUCAGUUGCCUUAUUGAUGCUCCCCGCAACAGCGUUUGCUUUGGGAUGUUGGCAGGUAAAACGUUUGAAAUGGAAACUGGAUCUAAUUGAAAUGCUGAAAACCCAGAUGAAUAUGGAAGCGAUACCAUUUCCUGAGCAUGACACGGAAUUGUUAAAUGAUCUAGAAUAUAGACGAGUUCAUGUGACUGGAGAAUUUCUUCACGAUCGAGAGUUUUCCAUACAUCCUCGAGGCAGAUUUGAUAAAGGUCAUAAAGAAGCAAAAAGUGGUCUGGUUGCCAACAGCGCUAUGUCAAGUCAUGGAGCGCACAUUAUUACGCCGUUCAAGCUGGCCGAAAGCGGCCGAGUGAUACUGAUUAAUCGAGGAUGGGUACCAACCGGGAAAAUUUCUCCGACAACUCGAUCUGACUCUCAGAUCAAAGGAAGAGUAAGUUUCGAUGCAGUUGUGAGACGCUCAGAAAAGCGACCGCAAUUUGUUUCGAAUAAUAUUCCUGAGCGAGGCAUUUGGUACUACAAAGAUUUUGAAGCAAUGGCUCGGUGUUAUGGCACUGAACCAAUAUAUCUGGAGGCUACUUAUGAAUCGACUGUUCCUGGUGGUCCUAUUGGAGGUCAGACGAAUGUCACAGUUCGUAAUGAACAUCUCAAUUAUUUGAUAACAUGGUAA